CAAGGGUAAAAUAACCAAAACUCCUCUCGUGUCUCGUCCUAGAUCCCAAAGCUAACCCUUCCGUUCGCAAAGCACAUAUACAACCAUGAAGUUAGUCCACAACGUGCAAAAGAAGCAGCACAAGGAGCGUUCUCAGCCCCAGGAGAGAGCCAAGUUCGGUCUUCUCGAGAAGAAGAAGGACUACAAGAAGCGUGCCGCUGACUACCACAGAAAGGAAGCCGCCUUAAAGGUCCUUAAGAGCAAGGUUGCUGCGCACAACCCAGAUGAGUAUUACCAUGCGAUGACGGCGCGGAAGACCGAUGGGCGCGGGAUUUUGAUCACCGAGAGAGGCAACGAGGCCUUGACCAACGACCAGGCCAAAUUGCUCAAAUCACAGGAUUCCAACUACAUCAGAACCGUGAGAAACAAGGAGCAGCGUGAUGUUGAAAGGUUGACCAACGAAAUUUUGUUCAAGUCCUCGGGGAAGCACACCGUUUUUGUGAAGGACUUGAAGGAGCAGAAGGAAUUUGAUCCCGUCAAAUUUUUCAAUACGGAUGAGUCUUUGUUGGACAGACCAGAGAACAGAUUGAGAUUGGAUCAGUUGACUAACAGCAGUAAAUUGGUCAAAAACUUUGACGAGCAAACCAAGUACUCAAAGGCGUUGAUCGACGAGAAGAAAGUCAAGAAGUUGAAGUUGUUGCAGAAGAGAAAGGAGAGAAACGACCAGUUGAGAUACGUGGAGGGCAGGAUGGAGAUGCAGAACGAGUUGAUGAAGAAGGGGCCAAAGAUGAAGAUGAGAGACCAGAACGGUAAAACUUUCUUCAAGUGGAAGGCCGAGAGAAAGAGAUAAACG